AUGCUGGCCGUGGUUCUAGGUGCUAUUGCAAACAUUCGUGAGCGAUCGAUGGAAAUGCUAGAAAAUCCUCAUCAAAUUCUGUCCGAAACAGUUGCCGAUUUGCAUACUAAUGUUGCAGCUAUUUUACCCCGUAAGGAUUCCCUAAAAAGACAAAUCCGCCGUUUUAGGCAAGAUGAUAUAAUUGUUAAUGGCAACGCAGGAUCACGAAGGUCUCUAGGCAAACCCAUUGCGAAAAUAUUCUUUCGACCAAAAGCCAAGUUUGUGUCAGGUGCAAACAGUAAACCUGAAUUGUCAGAGCGCGAUCGCAUGUGGAAACGCCUGGAUCUACGUCUGCUAGGCACACAUUGCAUGCGAUUGGCGUGGACCUCUAACCAUUGGAAUCCAGUCACUGCAGCAGCAGGAACGGAUUCCUACCCACUACAACAUCUUGCCGCUCAGCAAUACUCCAAAAAAAACCAACGAGUACUCCGAGCAGUUAUAAUUAUGUAA